AAAGCCUCUGCUGUCUGUGAACAAAUCUACCAGUACUCCCACUUCCCCUGGCCCCCGUACUCACUCAACACCUUCCAUACCGGUGCUGACAGCAGGCCAGAGCGGGCUCUACAGUCCCCAGUACAUCUCAUAUAUACCUCAGAUCCACAUGGGACCAGCUGUGCAGGCACCUCAGAUAUAUCCAUAUCCUGUAUCGAAUUCGGUGCCUGGGCAGCAGGGCAAGUACCGGGGUGCAAAAGGCUCACUUCCCCCCCAGCGCUCAGACCAACACCAGCCAGCUUCAGCCCCUCCGAUGAUGCAGGCUGCUGCUGCUGCUGCUGGCCCACCCCUGGUGGCUGCCACACCUUACUCCUCCUACAUCCCCUACAACCCACAGCAGUUCCCAGGCCAGCCUGCCAUGAUGCAGCCCAUGGCACACUACCCUUCACAGCCGGUGUUUGCCCCUAUGCUUCAAAGUAACCCACGAAUGUUGACAUCGGGAAGCCACCCCCAGGCCAUUGUGUCAUCCUCCACUCCUCAGUACCCCUCUGCAGAGCAGCCUACCCCCCAAGCCCUCUAUGCCACUGUUCACCAGUCCUAUCCACACCAUGCCACGCAGCUCCAUGGCCACCAGCCGCAGCCGGCCACCACGCCUACUGGGAGCCAGCCACAAUCCCAGCAUGCGGCCCCCAGUCCUGUUCAGCACCAGGCGGGGCAGGCCCCACACCUGGGCAGUGGACAGCCACAGCAGAAUCUGUACCAUCCCGGGGCCCUAACAGGCACGCCGCCUUCUCUACCACCGGGACCUUCUGCCCAGUCCCCUCAGAGCAGCUUCCCCCAGCCAGCUGCUGUGUAUGCCAUCCAUCCCCACCAGCAGCUGCCCCACGGCUUCACCAACAUGGCCCAUGUUACCCAGGCCCAUGUCCAAACUGGAGUCACAGCAGCCCCGCCCCCACACCCCGGGGCACCCCACCCGCCCCAGGUGAUGCUGCUGCACCCCCCCCAGGGCCAUGGGGGGCCCCCCCAAGGCGCGGUGCCCCCGAGUGGGGUGCCUGCACUCUCAGCUUCCACACCCUCACCCUACCCCUACAUCGGACACCCCCAAGCUCCCCUUCCACCCCCCGGGGAACUGAAGAUUGUCCUGGCCGCGACCUGAGACCUCCAUGAGUGGAGGGAAGAGUGAUCUAUGUCUCUUCCCCCAGCAGCUCGGACCAGUCCUAGCCCCGCCCCCAACCCCUUUCCCUUGGGGAGCUGGGGAAAUCUGCCAAGCACCUUGAAUGGGAGGGGUCCUUGAAGUGGGCAGGGCUGGGGUCCAGCGGGGGUGGGGGAGGUUCCUGCUCUGCCCCUGCCGGGUCCCACCCAGUCUUGUCCUCCCAUCCUCUCAUCUAUUCCCCCCCGCUGGAGACGGAAGAUCUUUUAUUUUCUAUUAUUUAUAACCUCAGACUUGGGCCCCCUGUUCUUCCCCAUUAACUUGAGUAUCCUGUGUGAGAGACCGACAGACAGAUGCCUCAAGGACUUUUACUUUUUAUUACAUAAAAAAAAUUUAAAAAAAUAAAUAAAAAAAAUAAAAUUUUAAACUAACUUAA